AUGUUGGAAACCGGAGAGCCUGCUGGUCCUCAAUGGAUCCGUGGCCCAGCCGAGGAGCCUCUAUCACCUGAAUUGAGAGCUGCGGUUGUUGAAGAUCUCAAAGAAAGUUGGUACUUUGGUGAAACAGAAGAAUACCGAAGAUUUCUCAAGGCUGCUUGGAUCAACGAAGGUUACCACCAAACGAUCAAAGAUCCAAACGUCUCGCUUGAGCCACAACAGCUUUAUCGAUUUUGCAAUAAACUUACGGCCUUUUACUGGAUGCCUUCGCCUCAAGUCGAUGGGAGACCCUUACCUAUGACACCUUUCGGCUGCAUUUACAAAGAAUGGGUUCGAUAUCACAAUGGUCGUCCGCCCAUUGAGUUCCAAGACUUUUUUGCUCAUCUAGUGCGAGUCUACCCCACUGGUCCAACUACUAUCCAAGAGGUUAUUAUUGCUCACAAAUCCUUAUGCCAGGAGGCAGUCUCUCUCCUUGGACGUAUCGAACGUGGCGAAGCAAAACGUCCAAACGGCCUUGCCUGGCGCGAUCCUCGAGCGUACAACCUGAACGCAACCUAUCACGGUAUCAUCAUCAUGAUAGAUCAGUACCUUGAACCUGAUUUUGAUCCUGACCUGGGCGAGCUCAUAGAUCUUGAUGAGCAGGCCCAAAAGUUAACUGUCCUGCUUGUCCGAACUGGGGAUGAUUCCAACCUCUGUGCUCCGAUAAAUUUCGAGGAACUGAGAACCGAUGGUUUUUGCCUCCCUCUAGCCAGGUCUGAUGUUUCAGCCACCCGCGAUGAUGUUGUCAGAGUCUCCCUUGCGACUGCGGUCAAGUUUGUGUCCGACUUGCACCAAAGAGAAGUUGACACACACCCGCCGACCGAGGCCGUACGAGAUUGGGAGCAAAGGGCGCAAAGAUACGCGGAUGAGACAAUGAAGAAGGCUGACGCGGACGGAAUCGACAAUGUUCGCCAAACGUGGACUGCGGUACGCCGAGUUAAAGCAGCGAGAAAGGGAGAAAUAUUCGAGCCGAGAGAGCCAUACCCUUUUAGCAGAUACUGGAAAUGA